GUUGCCGCGGUAACGAAACCCUGAUAAAUACCAACUGCUUCCAUCAAUGUGACCCGCCUCCUCCCCCUCGCCUCCGAUGGCCACCGUGCACCCGCCGCCGCUGAUCCCUCCGCCGCCGCAGUUCGCCCCCCUCCCGAGACCCCGCGCCGACGACGACGACAGCGACGGCGAGAGCGUCGCCGAGUCGUGCCCGUACCCGUGUCCCCGCCGCCCGGCGGCGUCGGUGGAGAUGGAGGAGGACGACGACGACGGAUGCAGCAGCUGCGUAGAAGGAGACGGAUCCUGCGAGCUGCGGCUCCAGGGAGACGACGACGGCGGCGGCGGCGAGGAGGAGGCCAUCAGCGAAGGUGGCGUCUGGUGGACGCAGCUCACGGCUCGUGAUCGCGAGCUGCUGCGGCGGAAAGGGACGGUGGAGGUGGUGGUGGAGGCGGAGGCGGCGGAGGAGGACCCGAAGCGCGCGGCGGCGAGGCGGGAGGAGGACCGCAAGUUCUGGGAGGACUGUCUCGCGUCAGGGUAUCCAUGAACGCGACUGCGCGAGCUCGACGAAGACGACGACGAGCUUGUGAGCAGCACAAAGCGUAUGCCUCCUCUGCUUUUUUUUUUCCUUCGAAUUUCCUUGUACAGCCAUUGAAAUCUUAAACAUUUGCUGUUCUAUCUGAAAUCAGUAGAGCACGCUUAUCAAUUUCAAAUUCAAAAUUUUCAGCUUUAUGGUGGUGUUUCUUUUUAUGAAAUUUUAGAAACAUUAUUUUUGCAUUAGAUGAGAAGCUUUUAUGUAUAAUUGUUUUUGCAUGAAACAUGCGAGCUUGAAAAUCGUGCCAAAUCCAUAAUCAGAAGAGAAGGCUCACCUUAAACAAUUGUUUAUUCUUCAUAAAUGAAAUCCCCUCAUUUUUAAAAAAAAUUAAAUGUACAAAUCACAAAAGAAUAAAAAAGGGUACAAUUGAUACUGAUUAUUUCAAAAAAAGAACUCUUUGCAAGGCAGUGGGAUGCCAACACAUCAGGUGAAACUCCCUUUCGAUGUCCAUCUAGCAAUUUAAUGGCGAAAAGGACUUACUUUUUUAGUGGAAGCUUCGCCAAAUGCACUAAUUAAUCACAUAGUGAUUAGUGAGUGUGUGGCUGCCUGUGCCUGGUAGUUAAGCUACUAGGUUGACUGGAAGCUUUUCUGGUCAAAGAUUUCCAGUAACUGCAGUAACCAACUUAUGCAAAUACUAAUUCGUAUCAAAUUAUCACUAUGAAACUUACUGUGAAGUAAUCCCUGUUCAGAUCUGGGUUUGGUGUGGAAAGCGACCUAAUCAAAGGUUAAAUGUGUAAAGUGGUUGCUUGUCCAGAAAAGCGAAGGUUUAUUUAUCAAUUAGAAUCUGCAUCUACAUCUUUUUAAUUAUUUUUCUUCUCCUAAAUUAGUGGCCAGCAAUGGAGUACUAGAGGUAGCUGUUGAGGUUCUUUCUGAGCUUUACAGAUAUAAUAAUGGCUUGUGAUUCACACAUGUGAGCAUCAUCGGUGCAAAACCCAAACCCGAAAUGGCAUAACAGACGAAACUCACAUUUGACAAUGACAAAAUAGCAAAUUUCUCCAUCAGUGCUUGUGGUACAGAACAGCUGCAUUAGACAUUCAGAGCUUGCAAAAUUCAGCACUAAAUUGCCAAGGUUUCCUGACACCGUCUCAUUUUUCAUUAUAUUGCUAGUACAAUGUAAGCAGUAAGGAUUAUAGAAGGUUAGAUGUGAUCUAAAGGCAAAAGGCAAGAGGGCACUGUCCAAUUCUGAAUUUGAUGGCACCCUUCUCAUUGCUGCUUUGUAAUUAGCAGACACAGGUCAGCAUUUCAUCAAAGGAAAGUGUCCUCUGAGCCUGAUUGAGCAUCUAGGACCACAUUGAGGAGCAGAUAGACAGCUACUGAUGUAAUAUUAAUUGUCAUCUGGUACAACCAAAACUCCAAAAGCAACAGGCGUUUUUGUUUCCGUCUUGAGAUUCUUUUGCUCAAUACCAAAAGAAAUACAGAACAGGAUGGUUUUGGUUCAGCAAGAGAAGCCAGUUUUCUCAUCGGCAG